AUGGCAGACGCUCCCCAAGUCGUCCCAGCAGAUGCGCCGCAAGUGGUUCCUGCGGGCGAUGCCGACGUUCGCCAUCGCAAGAAGAGCUUGGUGGCCAUCAACACGCCCGAUGGACGUUCCAAGACCGUCAACCUUGAGGAAUUGAGCAAUGCCGACGCCCAGCUGGCCGCUCAAUUUGGGUAUAAACCGGUGUUCAAACGAGAAUUUGGGUAUCUGUCGACCUUCUCGUUUGCCGUUAGUAUCAGCGGUCUUUUCUCGACCAUCAUGACCACUUUCGUCUACCCUAUCUCGGCGGGAGGUUCUGCUGCCGCUGUGUGGUGUUGGCUGAUCUCUGGUGCUGGUUGUAUGUGUAUUGCCUUGUCUGUAGCCGAGCUCGUCUCCGCAUAUCCUACCUCUGGAGGCUUAUAUUUCACAAUUUCUCGACUCGCGCCACACGAUUGGGUGCCGUCGCUGAGCUGGGUGACCGGAUGGAUCAACUUGCUCGGGCAAGUCGCUGGUGUGGCAUCUUCUGAAUAUGGAGCAGCGCAAAUGCUACUGGCGGCAGUUGCAAUGGGAUCGGGCUUCAAUGAGGAACUAGGCGCCUUUAAUUACGAAAUCACCACGAACAAGACGAUUGGCAUUAUGGCAGCAUUGACGGUUCUGACUGGGCUGGUCAAUUCCAUGUCCACCUACUGGAUGGAGAAAUUGACCAAGAGCUAUGUCAUCUUUCACGUUCUAAUUCUCGUCUCCUGCUCGAUCGCUCUUCUGGCGAAGACGGACAAUAAGCACUCCGCGAAAUAUGUUUUUACCGACAUUGAAUCGACAUCCGGAUGGACGCCUGUUGGUUUCAGCUUCCUAUUUGGUUUCUUGUCAGUGUCGUGGACAAUGACAGAUUAUGACGCCACCGCUCAUAUUACGGAAGAAAUUUCUGAACCAGAAGUUAAAGCCCCAUGGGCCAUUUCAAUGGCGAUGCUGUUCACCUACCUAGCCGGUUUCCUCUUUAACAUCGUUUUGUGUUUCUGCAUGGGUGACACUGCAGAGAUUCUUGCCAGUCCUCUCGCACAGCCGGUAGCUCAGAUUUACUACAACAGUCUCGGAAGGGCCGGUGGUAUUUUUUUUACCGUAUGCGGUUUCAUCAUCAUCAAGUUUGUCUGCUUCACGGCUAUGCAGGCACUUGGCCGAACCGUGUUUGCUUUCUCCCGCGAUCGUCUCAUUCCAGCAUCUUGGAUUUGGGUCCAGAUCAACUCAUUUACCGGAACCCCUCUGUAUGCUGUCUGGAUUUCGGUCGCGUGCUGCAUUAGCAUCAACUUGAUUGGACUCGGCUCUUAUGCAGCGAUUGCUGGCGUAUUCAAUAUCUGCGCCAUCGCACUUGAUUGGAGUUAUAUCAUCCCAAUUGUCUGCAAGUUAGCCUUUGGCAAAUUCGAGCCAGGACCGUGGCAUAUGGGCAAGUUCAGUGCCGCUGUCAAUUAUUGGGCCUGCAUCUGGACCCUAUUCGUUACCAUCAUCUUUCUACUCCCAACGGUUAGACCCGUUGCGGCUGAUACUAUGAAUUACGCGGUGGUAUUCCUGAUAUUCAUCCUCCUUUGUUCCGCAGUCUUCUGGUAUGGUGGUGGUCGGAAAUAUUACACCGGCCCGAUCGUCGAAGCAGCAGCAAAUGAUUCUGAGGGUGACCACUCUGGGAUCAGCGCCGAGGUCAAGCAAGACAAAGCCAACUUGUCUUAG